AAGCAUAUACAUUCCAUGUUCUUUCUUCUCUCUAACUCCCUGAGCCAACCAAGCCUUCUAUGAGUGUGGAACAUAUCUAGAAACAAGUUCCUACUCUUAACUAGGGAGAGAAAGAGAGGGAGAAAGAGAGAGAGGGAGAGCGAUGGCGAGUGGCAUGUCUUUGGAUCAUCCCUGGGCAUUUGCAUUUGGAAUACUAGGAAACCUCAUCUCAUUCAUGGUGUACUUCUCUCCAUUGCCAACUUUUUAUCGUGUGUAUAAGAAGAAAUCAACAGAAGGGUUUCAAUCUGUUCCUUACGUGGUUGCAUUGUUCAGUGCAAUGCUUUGGAUAUAUUAUGCUUUCAUCAAAACCAAUACAUACCUUCUCAUCACCAUAAACGCAUUUGGAUGUGUAAUCGAGACCAUAUACAUUGCUAUAUACCUCAUUUAUGCUCCAAGGAAGGCCAAGAUGUACACUUUCAAGAUGAUCAUGCUCUUGAAUGUGGGGUUGUUCUCUUCGAUUGUUCUAUGCACUCUAUUGCUCUUCAAAGGCUCGAUUCGCCUUCAAGUUCUUGGAUGGAUUUGUGUUGCAUUCUCUGUUUGUGUCUUCGCUGCUCCUUUAGCCAUCAUAAGGUUGGUCAUUCGAACUAAGAGUGUAGAGUUCAUGCCUUUCUCCUUAUCUUUCUUUCUCACUUUGAGUGCUGUGGUAUGGUUCUCCUUUGGUGUAUUCAGCAAGGACAUCUAUGUUGCACUUCCAAAUGUAUUAGGAUUCAGCUUUGGUGCAGUGCAAAUGGCACUUUACAUAUUCUACAAAGACACCAAAGUGCCCCAAAGCUUGACAGAUAAGGAGAAGCUUCCUGAGUAUAUAUCAAAUGAAGGAGAAAUAGGGAAUCAAAAGGUUAUGAAGGUGGUUGAUGGUGGCCAUGACUAUCUUAAAGAGGAUAAGGAAAUGAGCCUAGUGUAAUGGAAUGGAAAUGGAAUCAAGCCAUAUAAUUGCUCUUCCAUGUAUGUCUUUCUAUGGUGAGAUUAAAAUGAUAUUGUAAGGGUAAGGAGUUUAUAAGAUUUUGGGUGGUUGUGGUUAAUUUUGUUGUUUUUUUUUUCUUUCUACUCAAUCUAUGCUUAUUGGUGUGCUUGUAUUUUAAGUUUGUACUUCUAUAUGGAAAUUUAACUACCAAUUCCUCUUAAUUUUAAA